UCUCGUCUCUCUGGUCUCUCCCUGGCCCCUGGUCUCUGGUCUGGUCUCUGGUGCCUGACCUCUGACCCCGUGUGUCCCCUGCCCCGGGGCGAUGGCGGCCGAGCGGCGCCGCAAGCAGGACACCCUGGAACUGAGGAGGAGGCUCAUCGGCUCCUCCUGCAGACUCUUCUUUUCCGAAGAUCCGGUGAAGAUCGUCCGGGGCCGGGGGCAGUACGUGUAUGACGAAGAGGGAGCGGAGUACCUCGACUGCAUCAACAAUGUGGCUCACGUGGGGCACUGCCACCCUCUUGUGGUCAAAGCUGCUCACCAACAAAACCGAGUGCUGAAUACCAAUAGCCGCUACCUGCACGACAACAUGGUGGAUUACGCCCAGAGGCUAUCGGAGACGCUGCCGAAAGAGUUGUGCGUGUUCUAUUUUUUGAAUUCGGGGUCCGAAGCCAAUGACCUGGCCCUGCGCCUGGCCCGCCAGUACACCGGCCAUCGGGACGUGGUGGUAUUAGACCAUGCUUACCACGGCCACCUGAGCUCCCUGAUUGACAUAAGUCCGUAUAAGUUCCGGAGCCUGGAAGGACAGCAGGAGUGGGUCCACGUGGCACCACUCCCAGACACCUAUCGAGGGCUGUACCGGGAAGAACACCCAGAUCCGGCUGCGGCCUACGCCCAGGAGGUGAAGCGCUUGGUGGACGGGGCCCACGAGAAGGGCAGGAAGAUCGCUGCGUUCUUCAUCGAGUCUCUGCCCAGCGUCGGAGGGCAGAUCAUCCCCCCGGCCGGUUAUUUCCAGAAGGUGGCCGAACACAUCCGCGGCGCCGGAGGAGUCUUCGUCGCAGAUGAGAUUCAGGUCGGCUUCGGCCGCGUGGGCCAACACUUCUGGGCCUUCCAGCUCCAGGGCAAGGACUUUGUCCCGGACAUCGUCACCAUGGGCAAGCCCAUCGGAAACGGCCACCCGAUAGCCUGCGUGGCCACCACCCAGGCCAUCGCGGCCGCAUUUGCGGCCACGGGGGUCGAGUACUUCAACACGUUUGGAGGGAACCCAGUGUCGUGCGCAGUGGGGCUGGCGGUCUUAGAGGUCCUGGAGCAGGAGAAGCUCCAGCAGCACGCAGCCCAUGUCGGGGGCUUCCUGAUGGAGCUGCUGCACCAGCAGAAAGUCAAGCACCCCAUCAUCGGCGACGUCAGGGGUGUCGGACUGUUUGUCGGAGUGGACCUAAUCGCAGACGUGGAAGGGAGGACUCCAGCGACUAAAGAAGCUGACUGUCUCGUCUCCAGGUUAAAAACUGACUACAUUCUGCUGAGUACUGAUGGACCCGGGAGGAACGUGCUCAAAUUUAAGCCCCCGAUGUGCUUCAGCACGGAUGACGCCAAGCGGGUCGUGGCCAAAAUAGACCAGAUUCUGACAGACAUGGAACAGGAGAUGAGGAGCUGUGAAACGCUGCGGCGGGGGUGGCAGUGAGGUCACCGAGGGGCGAGACUCCCAGCAGCCCGGCCUGGUUCAGAAGGCCCAUCGGAGCAUAAGUGGAAAGAAAGGCUCUUAUUCUCCCCGCUUCGGCUGCACUGGGCUACCACAGCUGUGGUUAAACUCGCCCGCCCCUUCGGGCUAAAUUCCUGGUUGCCAAAAUAUUAAGCCAAAACCAGUAA